AAUGACGCCGAGUUAUCGAUUCACUGCCUCCCUCUCCUCCCUCUCCCUCUCUCUUUUCCUGUCUCUUUCUCGCUGCAUCACGAUUCUGCGCAUAAUGCGAACGGCGAGAGGGAAAAACGGGAAAGCCUGAAAUUAAUUCGUUUAAUUCGGAGCCAGAUGGCUCCGAGUACUUGGAGUACGCUCGUAACUAUACGCGUGUAAAUUUUUUUCAGCAAAUUAGCGAAAAUCGAGCUUCGCUGGAUCGGAGAAAAUUCCAUUAUAGAACGUCGAGGUUAACGAUGCGCUAGUUUGCGGACCGCCGCGCGGGUCGCCGGUUUUAAUCAAUCUAGAAUUAGCGUCUCUUUCAGAUUACAAUAUGCCGCUGUGUAACGCACAGUAGCGGAGGCGGAGAAGCGAGCAUUAAGAUGGAUAUGUCAGUUAAUAUUGGAACGAUCGUGGGUGGGGCGUGUGACGACCGCGAUUAUUAAAAAUUCACACGUAUCAACGAUCGAUCAGUCCUUUCAAAGUGGAGAAAGAGAAAGAGAGAGAGAGAGAGAGAGAGAAAGAAAGAAAGACAAAGAGGAAGAGGUCAACCGGCAGAUGCGGAACGCGAUAACGAGAGCCACACAAUCGGGCCAGCUACGUAUAUAUACACGAAACGUCAUCGGUCACGGCCGGCUGCGCUUUCAGGAAAAAAAAAAAUGCCGGACAUUCCAGCGGAGCGCUCGACCGUCCGUUAAACCGAGGAGCGGAGAUUCAUCCACAGAGAAACGUGAACUUAAAGAGAGUCAUCGGCGACAUGGUACGACAGUAGGAUCACGUUGGAUGGUUGGAUCUCGUCGUGCGUCACACGACGACACGACGAGAUAUAGCGUCUCUUUGUCGAUGCGCAGCGACACCGUCGGUUAAUAAGCGAGAGUCGAGGCUUCCUCCACGGCUUCUUAUUCGUCCUACCAGCAUCAAGCGUGGCUCGCGUCACGUUGCCGCGAUCGUUGCGGGCGUUGCAGACGUCGCAGGACGCAGUGAGUUGCAGCCAGUUGCAGUUGCGACACGGUCGGAAUUGUGUGCGCGCGCGCGCGCACUCUUUCUCUCUCUCUCUCUCUCUUUCUCUCUCCGUCUCGUUCUCUCGCACGCUUUCCUUCUCUCUCGCACGCGCUUUGGGAACCGUGAGAGCUUGAGACGAGUGGAUCGCACGGUUAGAAUGUAGAUCGAUGGUGUGCGAUCGAGGCCGUCAGUGUUCACGCGACAUCGUGUUCCGUCCGGCUUCGUUGCGCGCGGCGACCCGCGGCUUCGGACGGAAGUGAUCGACCGAGAGGAAUAAUCGGCGACGACGUGCGGCGGAACUGGAAGCGCUGAAGCUAGAUGAACUACGAUGGACUACGUUCGUCAGCUUUGACGCGGAAGGAUGUAGCGCGCGUCUUUGUGUCAGGUUAAAAUUGACGACGUACGAAUCGUCGAUCCUAAAUCUCGCAAUGAGCUCGCAACCGAUUGUGGUGCCUGGUGGAGAGCAUCGUCUUCAGCCGGAGACUCAUUCUGUACCUGUUGGAAGUUCAGCGGACUCCUACAAGACCAUGACACCGCCAAACGUCAGCAGAUCCCUCAGUCAACCAGCGGAUCGACAACUUCGAAGAAGCAGCGUCCAAGCACAGUCUACACCAUUACCUAAACUUCCAUCAACUGAGUCCCUUGCAACAAGCAUAAAUAUUACAGCCGGUGCACCUCCAAUUUCUCCAGGGAUCUCUGGUAUGGGCGAAGGUAGUCAAAAAAUGGAUAAUUCAUCAGACAAGUCGUUAGAUUCUUGCAAAUUAACGCGAAAGGAAUCGUAUAAGGCUCAAAGAAAGAAUUAUCGAAUGGAAAAGAAAAGAGUAGCCGAUGAACUUUUAAGUUCUUUCAAAGAUCCAACCGUUAUUGUUAUGAGUGAUUGGUUAAAAGUUCGCGGCACAUUGAAAAGUUGGACCAAGUUAUGGUGUAUUCUGAAACCUGGAUUAUUGCUGCUGUACAAAAGUCCAAAAACGAAGAGUAAUCAUUGGGUUGGAACGGUAUUACUCAAUACAUGUCAAGUUAUAGAACGUCCGAGUAAAAAAGAUGGAUUUUGUUUUAAAUUAUUUCAUCCGUUGGAGCAAUCUAUAUGGGCUCCUCGAGGACCAGAAAAAGAAGCUAUUGGUGCUGUAGUACAACCUUUACCAACAUCUUACUUAAUCUUUCGAGCACCAUCUCAAGCGGCAGGCAAAUGUUGGUUGGACGCACUUGAACUGUCGUUACGUUGUUCUUCGUUAAUAGUACGCUCGACAAGCGCAUUACCGCGUCCUUUACCACACGAUGCAACCACCACUCAUGAAACUCAAUGGAGCGAGGCUGAUUAUGAAAAGCACUUUGACGAUCAUGUAUAUUUAAGUCGCUAUGCUCCAAGAACACCUACGACCCCUCAAAGACGCUUGUUAUCUCAUCCGCAAUCACUCUCUCCCGCUGUAACUCGCGAUAGAAGUAUUUGUCCCUCGCCAACUCCAAUGUUUCAACAUCUUUGUCACGCAGUCGCGUAUUGGGAAAAACUUUUACUUGAUCGAUCUCCCACACCUGGAACAGACCAAGAAAAUAUUGCGUCUUUGAUCCCUAAUGAGGAAUCAGAUGGUGGUGAUACUCAACCAUCUGGAUCUUCAUAUUUUGCUUCUGCAUCUCAUCCACCAGUUUCCCCAGCACGUCGCAUGACUGUUCCUUCUGUACAUGUCUUAGAGUAUGAUACCCGUCAAGUAGUAACGCUAGAUCCUGUGUACCCCUCGCAUACAGACCUGGACGAUAUUAGUCAGCCAGAGAAUGGAGUAGUAGCUGAUGCUGAAAUCAGUGCCUCGGACAGUGAAUCUGAAGCAUCAGCCAAAGAAGAUCAAUCGGAGCCAAUCACCGAAACACCAUACACAGCUAAUGAAAAUGAAAUUCUUGGAACGGCCGGUGAAGUCGUUACAGAACUGCAAGAAGAACAAAAGUCUUUGAUAUGGUUCUUAAUGAAACAAGUUCGCCCUGGCAUGGAUCUAUCUAAAGUUGUAUUGCCAACUUUCAUUCUGGAAUCACGGUCAUUUCUAGAAAAACUAGCCGAUUCGUAUUAUCACGCCGAUUUAUUGUCCCAAGCAGUAUUGGAAGAUGAUGCAUUUACACGUAUGAAAGCCGUAGUGAAAUGGUAUUUAUCGGGAUUUUACAAAAAACCACAAGGCUUGAAAAAGCCAUAUAAUCCGCUUUUGGGCGAAACAUUCCGCUGUUAUUGGCAACAUCCUAAUGGUUCAAGAACAUUCUAUUUAGCCGAACAAUUAUCGCAUCAUCCACCUAUCUCAGGAUUUUAUGUGACAAAUCGUCAAGAUGGAUUUACUAUCAGUGCUACGAUCAUUGCAAAAUCUAAAUUUUAUGGAAAUUCGACCUCUGCAGUUUUGGAUGGUAUUGCUGUAUUGACGAUGUUGCCGAGAGGCGAAGAUUAUACAAUGACAAUUCCUUAUGCACAUUGCAAAGGCAUUCUUAUGGGGACAUUAUCUAUGGAACUCGGUGGAAAAGUGAACAUAACAUGUGAGAAGACCGGCUAUCACACAGAAUUAGAAUUUAAACUUAAGCCGUUUCUUGGCGGUGCGGAAUUAAUGAAUCAAGUUGUAGGACGAAUACGCCUAGGAAAAGAAACUUUGGCUACUAUUAUGGGGUACUGGGAUGGAUUGAUUUUAAUAACGGACAAACGGACAGGGCAAGAAAACAUUUUCUUCAAUCCUACUCCGGAAAUACGCAAAAAAAGAUUGAAAAAAUAUACUGUUCCUUUAGAACAUCAGGGAUCAUGGGAAAGUGAAAAAUUGUGGUUGGCUGUUACACAAGCUAUUAAUAGGGACGACCAGGUUGCCGCUACUGAGGCUAAAACUCGACUUGAGGAAGCACAAAGAGAACGCGCUAAAGAGCGAAAGAGUCUAGGACAAGAAUGGAUUCCAAAAUAUUUCGUUCAAGAUAUUAUAACUGGAAAUUGGGUUUAUCGGCAUGCUGAUAUAAGACCAUGGGAUCCGAGAAACGAUGUAGUACAAUAUGAAGAAAAUUAUAUAGUGCGCACAAAGACUAGGCAUAAAACACCUAUUAUGCGUACUGGUAGUAUUGUUUCUACUGACCCCCAAUCACAGAUCCCAUUAUUACAAGCUGAAUCACGUUCCUCCUUAUCAGUGCUCAAAUCUUCUAAGAGGCAGCUAUCAAAUAAUAUGCCUUUAACAGAGACUCAUGAUUCUGGAAGUUCAUCUGCGGAGGCACAUACCGAUUCUAGUCAAUCAUUAGGAAAAAGAAAACGUUCAGCCACUAGGUUAAUUGACAUAAUGAAACAAGUUGAGCAUCAAAUGAUAGAACAUGGUGAGAAAUUGAAUCGUAUACAGCAGAUUGUAGAACAAGUUGUAAGAAAGCAAAGAGAAUCUGGUGAACAGCAUCAUACCAUAAAUAUGUCUAAGAGUUUCGUGGAUACUAUACUUAUUAUUGUUAUCGUUUUUUCCGUGCAAUAUUUUUUAAACAUAUGGCAUAAUGAUCCAACUAAAGAUUGAGGGAUUUUAAUAUUGUUCUCUCUCUAUCUAUUGUGUCACACUGUAUUUGAAUUAUAUGUAUCACUUUUUUUCCUAUCUUCUAAAAUUCUUGCAGCGUGGUGUCGGUAUUUUAUGAUCACGGUGGAAUGGAUCGUUUUACAAAAGAAGUAUAAUAAUAUAAUUUUUAUUUCAAAACACCAUAACGUGAAACAUUCUCAUUGAUAUAGAAAUAUAAAGUAUUAAGAGAAAAAAAAUAUAUAUAUAUUAAGAGUUCUACAUGUUACACAUCCCGUGCAAUGAUAUUUUGUUAUAUAGAUGUAGAAAUAUAAGAAAAUUUAAAUCCAAGAAGUUACAAUCCAUAUUGUAUAUAAGGUUUAAUAUCGGAAGAAUUAUAAGUUCUCGAAUUAUAUAUAAUAUAUAUAUAUU